CGCCCCAAGGCCCCACCCCUCUCUAGGAGGGAAAAGGCACCUGCUGGUAGCUCUACUCACAGGCACUGGGACCUGGAGCUGGAGGACAGAAAGACAUACUGCUGCUGCUUGCUGCAGCCUGGGCCAUGGACCCCCAUGAGAUGGUUGUGAAGAAUCCAUACACUCACAUCAGCAUCCCUCGGGCUCACCUGCGUUCUGACCUGGGACAGCAGUUAGAGGAGGUUCCUUCUUCAUCUUCCUCCGCUGAGAUUCAGCCUCUACCCUCAGGAACCUGUGCCCCAGAGCCAGCGGGCCUAUUGAAAACAACUGAAGCCCCAGAGCCAAAGGGUGUCAAGGGCAUCAAAGGUACAGCUUCUGAGCAGAGCCAACAGACCUGGCAGUCACCCUGCAACCCGUACAACAGCGGUGGGCAGCGUCCAUCAGGACUGACUUAUGCUGGCCUGCCACCUGUAGGGCGUGGCGAUGACAUUGCCCACCACUGCUGCUGCUUGCCUUGCUGCUCUUGCUGCCACUGCCCACGAUUCUGCCGUUGUCACAGCUGUUGCUGUGUUGUCUCCUAG